AGACGUUCGUGCAAAAUAUUCGGGCUGCACACAAGAACAUAAACGACACGUAAACGUCACCAAAAAUUAGCAGCUUAGAAGUUCAUUUAAGUAAUAUUCGUGAGACAUGUGUUACUAGAGAACGUGCCCAGUUUCAUCCCAAGCUGCUUGAGAGUGCGCGUGGGAAAGUAGCGUGAGCCAAAACAUAUGCAAAGGUCGACGGCGAGGAGGAGUUGCCCUGCCCCACAAAAAUUGCAUUUUUCUGCACUAGCACUGGAAGCCAACUAGGUGCUGCCGAAGAGCCGUAACGGAGGAUCCGUACACAAUGGCGCUGCCAGGCAAUGGCAUCUAUGUGGUGCGGGGCGAGAUGGCCACUCUGAUGACAGCCAUGCGACGUGGAACGAGAUGGAAUGCCACCGCCUACGUGGACGAUGAGAAGGACUCGUUGCUAAAGCUAUUCAUUGACCUCAAGCAGGAACUAAAUCGCAUCGAGGACCUGCGCCUGAUCGAGCCGCAAGUGUUUCUGGCUCCAUUUCUGGAGGUGAUUCGCACAGCGGACACCACGGGACCGCUGACUAGUCUGGCCCUAGCAUCGGUUAAUAAAUUCUUGUCAUACGGUCUGAUAGAUCCAACAUCUCCCAAUUUGGCUGACAUUGUGGAACGCAUUGCCGAUGCCGUGACACAUGCACGUUUCAUGGGCACCGAUCAGUCCUCGGAUAGUGUCACCUUCAUGCGUGUUAUUGAGGUACUCCACACUCUUAUCCGGAGUCCCGAGGGAGCUGCCGUCAGCAAUGAGUCCAUGUGCGAGGUGAUGCUCAGCUGCUUCAAGAUCUGCUUUGAGCCGCGAUUGAGUGAGCUGCUGCGUCGCUCAGCAGAACAGUCGCUCAAGGACAUGGUGCUGCUAUUCUUCAUGCGAUUGCCCCAGUUCGCGGAGGAACGAAGCGACACCAUGCUUCAGAAGAGAUUCACUAUUGGAGAUGCUGCCAGCGGGGCUACCCAAGAAAAACUCAAGCGAAAAGUUGUGGCGCCUCCACCAGCUAUCCCCAGAAAAUCCUCAACGGUAGAGGAACCUCCACAGACGCCACAAUCUGCCAACCUGGCAGUCUCUGGUCAUUUAAAGGCACCAAUACUGGCCACUACGCCCGCCAGUCCAGCUGGAAACAUUCUGGACAUGCAGGGAAAGAUCACACAGACUCCAACCACAACUACGAAUUUGGGUGAAAAUGAAUCAACUACUAUUGAUGCACCUGUCAUUCAAGUAGAUUCGGUUGAUUCAGAGCCUUUGCUAGAUGGCGAAUCGGCUGAUGGAACCAACACACUCGCAGAGGCAAGCAGCAGCGAAUACAUCAACUCAGUGGGCGUUCGUUUCACACAACAAUCAUCCGAUCAGGAAGCCGUUUCUCUAUCGCCCUACGGCUUGCCCUUCAUUCAAGAGUUGUUUCGCUUCCUCAUAAUACUCUGCAAUCCUCUGGAUAAGCAGAACUCAGACAGCAUGAUGCACACAGGUCUAAGCCUGCUAACAGUGGCAUUUGAAGUCGCUGCUGAUAAUAUUGGAAAGUAUGAGGGCUUGCUGGAGCUGGUAAAGGACGAUUUGUGCAGGAAUUUAAUAUCGCUUCUAAACUCGGAGCGCCUUAGCAUCUUUGCUGCCGAUCUGCAACUAUGCUUUCUGCUCUUUGAGUCACUUCGUGGACACCUGAAGUUCCAACUAGAAGGUUAUCUGAGAAAACUGAGUGAAAUCAUUGCUAGCGACAAUCCUAAAACGCCGUACGAAAUGCGUGAACUGGCUUUGGAUAAUCUGUUGCAGUUAUGGCGAAUCCCUGGCUUUGUAACCGAAUUGUACAUCAACUACGAUUGCGAUUUGUACUGCACGGACAUGUUUGAAAGUUUAACAAACCUGCUAAGCAAGUACACCCUGUCAGCAACCAAUGCUGUAUAUAGCACACACAUAAUCUCGAUGGAUACACUAAUUAGUGUGAUCGACAGCAUCGAGCGGAAUUGUGCGGCAGCCAAAAACAGCAACAAUCGAGAAUCUUUACCGGAAGCUGCUCCAGCGACAGGCGUAAGUCGCCAUUCACGACAUAAUAGUGGAUUGGAGGGUAUCGUAAUUGAUUCUGGCAAUGGUGCACCUGUCGAAGAGCCAGUGGAAAAUAUAUCCAGUUUCAUAAAUGCCAGCUCACAGAGAUUGCGUUUGCAAUCUGGCGGUGACGGGGUAGGAAUAACCACUGAACAGCUUGCAAACGUCAAACAGAAGAAGCGAUUACUAUCCCAGGGCACAGAGCGCUUCAAUCAGCGUCCAGAAAAGGGAAUCCAAUAUCUGCAGGAGCAUGGCAUCUUAAAUGCUGAGCUUGAUCCAAUGCAGGUUGCCCUAUUCCUUCGAGAAAAUCCCGGUCUGGAUAAAAAGAUGAUUGGCGAAUAUAUCUCGAAAAAGAAGAACGUUGACUCCAAGAUUCUAAUUAAUUUUGUGGACUCAUUCGAUUUCACUGGUCUUCGAGUAGACCAAGCACUGCGUCUUUACCUAGAAACCUUCAGAUUGCCUGGAGAGGCUCCGCUUAUCUUCUUGGUGUUGGAACACUUCUCCGAUCAUUGGCAUACACAAAAUAAGGACCCAUUCGCCAAUGUGGAUGCAGCUUUUCGCUUGGCUUAUGCUAUCAUCAUGUUGAACAUGGAUCAGCACAAUUCCAAUGCCAAGCGGCUGAAUGUUCCCAUGACACUUGAAGAUUUUACCAAGAAUUUACGUGGUUUGAAUGGGGGUGAAGAUUUUGACCAAGAAAUGUUGGCUCAAGUGUUCAACGCUAUCAAGAACGAGGAAAUCGUAAUGCCAGCCGAGCAAACGGGCUUAGUGCGUGAAAACUAUCAAUGGAAAGUACUACUUCGUCGAGGCGAAACCCAUGAUGGUCAUUUCCAUUAUGUCCAUGAUGCGUCCUAUGACGUUGAGAUUUUCAAUAUUGUGUGGGGCGCUUCCCUUAGUGCUCUUAGCUUUAUGUUUGAUAAGAGCACUGAAUCGGGCUACCAAAAAACUCUAGCAGGUUUCAGCAAAUCCGCUGCUAUAUCGGCUCAUUAUAAUUUGCAUUCGGACUUCGAUGCUCUCGUUUUGACUCUCUGUAAGUUCACAACUCUGUUAAGCAGCGUAGAGCAGCAUGAGCCCGCUCCGGCAAACAAUGAAAUACAACAAGCUGUAAACUUCGGAUUGAAUGGCAAAGCUCAGGCGGCAAUGAGAACGGUGUUCCUAUUGGUUCACGACUAUGGCGAUUGCUUAAGGGAGAGCUGGAAGCACAUUCUGGACCUUUAUCUUCAACUUUUCCGUCUCAAACUCCUUCCGAAAUCACUGAUCGAAGUAGAAGACUUUUGUGAAGCGAACGGCAAGGCGUUGUUAAUCCUAGAAAAGCCUCGAGAGAAGCAGGAGUCUGGUCUAUUCUCCAGCCUGUACUCUUUUAUCAGCUCAGAGGGUCAGCGAGAACCGACGUAUGAGGAACAGGAUUUUAUUAAGCUUGGUAGAAAGUGUAUAAAAGAGUGCCAGUUGGACCAAAUGCUUCAGGAAUCAAAAUUUGUGCAACUAGAGUCACUGCAGGAGUUGCUUAAAUGUGUUCUGAGUCUGCUAAAGGCACCUCAAGGAAACAAAUCGAUUGGGCUGCCCUACGCCGAAGAUCAAACUGUUUUUUGGAUGGAAUUCCUGGUAAAGAUAGUGGUCCAUAAUCGGGAUCGCAUGAUCCCACUGUGGCCAGCAGUGCGAGACCAGAUGUACCUCCUUCUCAUGGGAAGCUCUUCGUGUGGCUACGACUACCUGCUCAACCGGUGCAUUGUAGCUGUUCUUAAACUGGCUAUAUAUCUAAUGCGAAAUGAGGAGUUAUGCCCAAUUGUUCUGCAGUCGCUCAAGAUGCUUUUAAUGCUAAAGCCGUCGCUGCUGCUGCGCAUCUCUAAACAAAUUUCUAUUGGAAUCUAUGAGCUUCUCAAGACCUCUGCCCAGAACAUCCAUUCAGAACAGGAUUGGCAAAUUAUUUUCAACUUACUUGAAUGUGUGGGAGCCGGGGCUGUGCCGCCCAACUACGAUGAUGCUCAGCUACCGUUACCGCCCAAUGGUAGUGCAAAGUCUGACGGUGCUUUAAGUGGGGAGGAAGACGCUUCUAUUGUCCCGGAGCGUGGUUACACCUCUGAUUCGGAGCUAUCUAAGGCGUCGGUAGCCCCAGCUGCCUCUAGUCCUAGUGCCGAGAACUGGAUAUUGGUCAACAACAAGGACAGUGAACUAACAACGGCUUCUAGACCGCAGUCUCCACCAAGCUCGAGUUCUCCCCUAGUUAAUACGCUAGUCUAUAAUUGUCAGCUUCUUGAUCACGCGCCAUUUGCUCUUUUUAAGUGCUGGGAUUCACUGGCCUUCAUCGUGCGUAGUGUGGCACAUAUAACACCUUACAAUUUUGAGGCCUGCGUUCGCUGCAUCCGUAUCUUUGUCGAGGCCUGUCGGGAUGGAGGAAUUCGUCAGCGCAGAAAACUGGAGACGGCAGCCAAACAAAAAAGCUCUAAGAAGCGCAACGAUCGCAAGCCUGGCAUGACUUCAUCCGCCUCAAGUAGUAAUCUUACUCUUCUGACCGCCGACCCCUCCGAAAACCAGGGACACGGAAACGCGGCAGAGCAGGAGGACCUGGCACAGCGCUACGAGCAGUUGUCCAUUCAAUUGCUAGACCUGAUGUAUACAUUGUAUACAAGGACAGCUCAGAUAUUCCGUUGGUGGGCGGAAGAAGGUUGCACAGUCCCACAGUCGGCAGCUUUGUGGUCACCAGGCUGGUGUCCGUUGCUCCAGGGCAUUGCAAGGCUGGCAAUGGAUCGACGACGAGAGGUGCGUACCCAUGCCAUCUCGUGCCUGCAGCAGCGGGCAUUGCUGGUGCACGAUCUGCAGACGUUGUCCGGAACCGAAUGGUGCUCGUGUUUCCACCAGGUGCUGUUCCCGCUGUUAAACGAACUCCUGCCUGAGAGCAGUGCAUCCGGCCAACUGGAUGCCUCUCUUCUUGAGGAGUCGCGUAUUCGAACGGCCACCAUCAUGUCUAAGGUGUUCCUGCAACAUUUGACCACUCUUAUUGAACUAGGAAAUGCCUUUAAUGAGCUGUGGUUGGAUAUAUUGGACUACAUUGAGCGCUUUAUGAAGGUGGGAUCGGACACGUUGUCGGAACAGAUGCAAGAGAUACUGAAGAACAUGCUACUGGUAAUGCACUCAGUGCGAGUGUUUCACAAUCAGGAUGGCAGCUUGCAGCAGGCUCUCUGGGAGCUAACUUGGAGGCGCAUUGGUGAAUUUUUGCCCAACCUCAAAGAGGAGCUCUUCCACGAUGAAGGAAAGCGUGCUCAGACCUUAACGAACCCAGCUCCUAUGGCAGUUGUGGUUCCUACUCCACAGCAACAGGUACCAGCGGUGGCAAUUUUACCCAAUCCAGUCCAGGUGUCCAAUGAGUUAAUUGUGAGCGCACCCACUCCAUUGGCUGUUACACCCUCACUGGGUUCUCCUGUGGAAUCGCCGAGGAGGAGUAUUAUACUACAGCCACCUAUGGCAGAAGCACUGCAACAGCCGCCUAGUUUUGUAUUUGCUCAGCCUCUGAUUGUUCCGCCCCAGCAGACAGCGGUGGCGGAUCCUCAACACAGCACAUUGCUGCCAGAUCUGGUGAAUGAAGCAACUGCUGCUGCCGGGCAAGCCACUUCCUCGUCGCUGACGCACAGUCCACAAGAAGCAGACCAUUCUGGUCCAAUUGUGCACCAGACGAACAUCGUAACCACUAACAAUACGUACAAUAGCUACGCCAUUGAAGUGCCCAUGGUAUCGGAAAAUACGGCUGAACAAUUGGAGCAGCAACAGCAGCAACUUCUCUACCAACAGUACUACCAGCAGUAUCAGGCCCAGCAGCAACAGUUGCCAUCUCAAACCAUCGAUCCUGCCAUCAAUGUGCCAAUAAGUCAUCUAAUGGCCGGAAAUGCUUAUCCCUCGCUCCCCAAAAUGCCACAGGCAUCCAUUGUGCACAGUUUUGCUCCCGUUUACGAGACUCAGUCGGCGUCUAGUGGACCUGGACCACAAGCAGAUAUAUAUCAGGAAUACGUGCAAAAUCCCUACAACCUAACGUUGCAGCAGAAUCCCCAACAGCAGCAGCAACAGCAACAACAUCAACCAGGCCCAGGAAUGGCCACCGCAUUUCCCGCCGUUGCCACGCCAGCCAACUACUUUAAUGUAAAUGUGGAUCCCAGUAGUAUACCACCCGGAUCGGAACUGCUAUACGGCCAGCAGUAAAAAGAAGGAGUGUUGAACCAGAAUUUCAAACCACCUGACCGUUUUAAUUUUAUCCUGUGUUGUAGAGAAGAAGGUUUAUCUUCGUAGUUAAUAAUAUAAAAUUGUGUCAAUUUGUUUCUUGUUAUCUUUGCCCUUCCCCAACAAAAGUGGAAAUACAUUCCUCCUGGGCGCGUGUUUAUUAUGCUUACCGAAGAACAACACUAAAUCACAGAUCCAGAUACAAUUUCCAGCAGAUAUCCCUAUAAGCUUUAGUAAUGCAAAUAGUAUAAUUUAUAAUAAUUAAAUAAUUAUAUCUUCUGUAUGUUAUGCAAAGAGGCAAACUGUAAAUAAUCAAAAUUAAAUAUCUAAAAAAUA